UAUGGGCCAAAAACAUUGAUAAAAUUGUAUCAAUUCUACCAAUCGGUGUACAUUACAUGAGUAUCAUAGUCGUUUGUACUUCGACAGCGCAGACUAAUCUAGUUUCCUCCACCAAAGGCGCAGGGCCGCGGGAUAAGGGACAUCCUGCGUGGCUCUGCGAAUGCGGCACGACUGCGUCUGUGCCCGCCGGUCGCUGGCCCCCCUCACCGCUCGCCCAUCCCUACUGUCCGGCCUUCCUCCCCACUCACUCACCCUCGCGCCCGCCUGGUCUUGCCGUGCACUGGCCCUGCCCGCUGCCGCGGGCUCAUUCUCGCCCACUGCCCUUCACAAGUUGCCCUCGCCCGUUCUUUUCUCGUGCGCAUGCAGUUCAUCGGUUGUGUUAGCGUGCUGGGCAUUCGCCCUGCACGCUCAUCGUCGCCGUGCGUGUCGUCGUCGCGCGUGUGCCUGCCCUGUCCUGCUUGCUUGUUCGCGUGCACGUGCGUUCGGCAGCCAGGUAUGCGUGCUGGCAGCCCUCCUCCUUGCACGUUGAACUGUAAUAAUACUAAGCAGGGGUAAACUCCCGGGUGUCCGGGAGCUUACCCGUACCCAUACCCACGGGGGUCAGGUACCUGCCCGGCGGGUACGGGUUGUCCGCGGGUCUCGCGGGUUUCGACGGGUGCGGGUACCGGUGAAGGG